AGAUGUUCACGGCGCUCCCAGUACCAAAGGGCCAGGAAACAUUCCAUUACAAGACCAGCACUUGGCUCUCGCCAUAUUACUAGAACUGGCAGUGCAGCGAGGCACACUAAGCCAAAUGUUGUCAGCUGUUAUGUUGCUGCUUCAACUUUGGGAUAAUGGAACAAGGGAAACGGAUAAUGAGCGAUCUGCACAGGGAACAAGUGCACCCCUCCUACCUUUAUUACAAAGAUUUCAGAGUAUAAUAUGUAAUAAGGACGUGCCCAAUACUGAGGAUGAGAUUCAGCUGCUGACUUUCCCUCUGAGUCCGAAUGAAAGUUUUCUAAGGUAUCUGACUCUACCGCAGGACAAUGAACUGGCAAUUGAUCUGAGGCAAACAGCUGUAGUGAUCAUGGCCCACCUAGACCGUCUAGCCACCCCAUGCAUGCCUCCCCAGUGCAGCUCUCCUACAUCUCACAAGGGAUCUCUGCAGGAGGUCAUUGCUUGGGGCUUAAUAGGUUGGAAAUACUAUGCUAAUGUGAGCGGCCCAAUUCAGUGUGAAGGACUUGCCAAUCUUGGGGUUGUUCAAGUUGCCUGUGCAGAGAAACGUUUUCUAAUACUAUCUAGAAAUGGACGUGUUUACACACAAGCAUACAACAGUGAUACCCUGGGACCACAGCUGGUGCAGAGUCUGGCUUCCAGAAAUAUUGUGAAGAUCGCAGCCCAUUCGGAUGGGCAUCACUAUCUUGCCUUGUCAGCUAAUGGAGAAGUUUUCUCUUGGGGUUGUGGAGAUGGUGGAAGACUAGGCCAUGGAGAUACAGUUCCUCUGGAAGAACCGAAGAUGAUAUCUGCUUUAUCUGGCAAGCAGGCUGGGAAGCAUGUUGUUCAUAUUGCAUGUGGAAGUACCUAUAGUGCAGCCAUUACUGCUGAAGGAGAGCUGUAUACAUGGGGACGAGGAAACUAUGGCAGGCUGGGUCAUGGUUCCAGUGAAGAUCAGACUAUCCCUAUGUUGGUCUCUGGGCUGAAAGGCCUGAAAGUUAUUGACGUGUCCUGUGGGAGUGGAGAUGCUCAGACUCUUGCAGUUACUGAAAAUGGCCAAGUAUGGUCGUGGGGUGAUGGAGAUUAUGGAAAACUAGGAAGGGGAGGCAGUGAUGGUUGCAAGACUCCUAAGUUAAUAGAAAAGCUUCAAGACCUGGACAUCGUGAAAGUCCGCUGUGGAAGUCAGUUUUCUAUUGCUUUAACCAAAGAUGGCCAGGUCUACACAUGGGGAAAAGGUGACAAUCAGAGACUUGGGCAUGGAACAGAGGAGCAUGUUCGAUAUCCCAAACUGUUGGAAGGCUUGAAAGGAAAAAAAGUGAUAGAUGUGGCAGCUGGCUCUACCCAUUGCCUAGCACUGACUGAGGACAGUGAAGUGCAUAGCUGGGGGAACAACGAUCAGUGUCAGCAUUUUGAUACUUUGCGGAUCACCAAACCAGAGCCUGCAGCUCUCCCAGGACUAGACACAAAGCAUAUUGUUGGAAUCGCUUGUGGGCCCGCUCAGAGUUUUGCUUGGUCAUCAUGUUCAGAGUGGUCCAUUGGUUUGCGGGUGCCUUUUGUGGUGGACGUUUGCUCCAUGACGUUUGAGCAGCUGGAUCUCUUACUGAGACAAGUGACGGAGGGAAUGGAUGGCACUUCGGAUUGGCCUCCACCUCAGGAAAAGGAGUGUAUGGCCGUGGCAACCUUAAACCUUCUAAGACUUCAGCUCCAUGCUGCCAUUAGUCACCAGGUUGAUCCCGAAUGCCUUGGCUUGGGUUUGGGCAGUAUUCUGCUCAAUAGCCUGAAGCAGACAGUGGUGACGUUGGCAAGCAACGCUGGCGUUCUUAACACCGUUCAGUCUGCUGCCCAAGCGGUGCUUCAGAGUGGGUGGUCAGUGCUGCUGCCAACAGCAGAAGAGCGAGCAAGGGCGCUCUCUGCUCUCUUGCCUAGUGCAGUUUCAGGAAAUGAAACGAAUGUAAGUCCAGGCCGUAGAUUUAUGAUCGACCUUUUGGUGGGCAGCUUGAUGGCUGAUGGAGGCUUAGAAUCUGCCCUCAAUGCUGCCAUUACUGCAGAAAUUCAGGAUAUUGAAGCAAAAAAAGAAGCACAGAAGGAAAAAGAAAUUGAUGAACAAGAAGCAAAUGCAUCAACACUUCACAGAAGUAGGACUCCGUUAGAUAAAGACCUUAUUAAUACCGGAAUCUACGAAUCUGCAGGAAAACAAAGUUUACCGUUAGUUCAGUUAAUUCAGCAGUUACUAAGGAACAUUGCUUCACAGACAAUAGCCAAGCUGAAAGAUGUUGCUCGUCGCAUUUCUUCCUGCAUGGACCAUGAACUUUAUAGCAAGGAGAGAUCUGCUUCUCUGGAUUUAUUGCUCCGUUUUCAGCGUUUACUUGUUAGUAAACUUUACCCAGGAGAUUAUGUUGUGCAGGUCCCUAAUACAUACAGCCCAGAUCUCCUUGGAAUUGGCUCUUUGCUGAAGAAAUACACUGCCCUUCUGUGCACACACAUCAGUGAUAUACUUCCUGUGGCAACCAGCAUUGCUUCUGCUAGUCAUAGGCAUUUUGCAGAAGUAUCCUGUGUUGUCGAUGGAGAUUUAACAGGUGUUCUUCUUCCAGAAUUGGUAGUUUCUAUAGUGUUACUCCUCAGUAAAAAUGAUGGGUUAAUGCAGGAGGCUGGUGCUAUCCCACUGUUGGCUGGAUUGCUAGAACAUAUAGACAGAUUUAACCAUUUGGCACCUGGAAAGGAAAGAGAUGACAAUGAGGAUUUGGCAUGGCCAGGAAUAAUGGGUUCAUUUUUUACUGCUCAGAGUUGCAGAAAUAAUGAAGAGGUGACGCUUAUACGUAAAGCUGAUCUAGAGAACCACAAUAAAGAUGGAGGAUUCUGGACAGUAAUUGACGGAAAAGUGUAUGAUAUAAAGGACUUCCAAACCCAGUCGUUAACUGGCAAUAGUAUACUUGCUCAGUUUGCAGGUGAGGACCCAGUUGUUGCUUUGGAAGCUGCCUUGCAGUUUGAGGACACACGGGAAUCGAUGCAUGCCUUCUGUGUUGGCCAGUAUAUGGAGCCUGACCAGGAAGUGAUUACAACACCAGACCUCAGCAGCCUGUCAUCACCUCUAAUAGACACAGAGAGGAAUCUGGGUCUUCUCCUUGGGCUGCACGCUUCCUAUCUAGCAAUGAGUACACCGCUCUCUCCUGUGGAGGUUGAAUGUGCAAAAUGGCUCAAGUCAUCUAUCUUUUCUGGAGGCUUGCAAACUAGUCAGAUUCAUUACAGUUACAAUGAGGAGAAAGAUGAAGACCACUGCAGUUCACCUGGUAACACCACCCCGAAUAAGUCGAAGCUAUAUACGCAUCGCCUAACUUUGAGCGACCAUUCACAACCUUUCCUCCAAGCUAUUGCGGACAAUAAUAUUCAGGAUCACACUGUGAAGGACUUUUUGUGUCAAAUAGAAAGAUAUUGUAAACAGUGUCACCUAACAACACCAAUCACGUUCCCUCCAGAACAUCCUGUGGAAGAAGUAGGACGUUUGUUAUUAUGUUGUCUUCUGAAGCAUGAAGAUUUGGGUCAUGUGGCACUGUCUCUUGUUCAUCCUGGUACUCUUGGAGUUGACCAGGUAAAACACAAAACCUUACCCAAAUCUGUAGUGGAUGUGUGUCGUGUUGUGUACCAAGCAAAAUGCUCACUGAUUAAGACCCAUCAGGAGCAAGGGCGUUCUUACAAGGAGGUUUGUGCUCCUGUCAUUGAACGUUUGAGAUUCUUAUUCAAUGAGCUGCGUCCUGCAGUUUUCAAUGAUCUCUCUAUUAUGUCAAAAUUUAAACUUCUAAGUUCCUUGCCCCGAUGGCGAAGGGUGGUUCAGAAGAUCAUUCGAGAAAAAAGAAAGAAGAGAGUGUCAAAAAAAUCUGAAUCCGCUGACGUAGAAGAAUCCAAAAUUGGAAAUGAAGAGAGUGAUCUAGAAGAAUCCUGUGUUGUACCUCACAGUCCUGUAUCUGUAGAUAAACGGCCCAUACCAAUCAAAUCACCCAAGGAUAAAUGGCAGCCACUUCUGAGUACAGUUACAGGUGUCCACAAGUACAAAUGGCUGAAACAGAACGUCCAAGGCCUGUAUCCACAGUCUGCUCUGCUUACUACCAUUGCUGAAUUUGCACUUAAAGAAGAGCCAGUGGAUGUGGAGAAGAUGAGAAAAUGUUUAUUAAAGCAGUUAGAAAGAGCAGAAGUCCGUCUGGAGGGAAUAGAUACUAUUCUGAAACUGGCAACCAAAAGUUUUUUGCUCCCGUCUGUGCAAUAUGCUAUGUUCUGUGGGUGGCAGAGGCUUAUUCCAGAAGGCGCCAACAUAGGGGAACCUCUUACUGACUGCUUGAAGGAUGUUGAUUUGAUCCCACCGUUUAACAGAAUGCUGCUAGAAGUAACUUUUGGAAAGCUGUAUGCAUGGGCUAUUCAGAAUGUCCGCAACAUCUUAAUCGAUGCUAAUGCAAGAUUUAAAGAACUAGGGGUGCAGCCUGUUCCUCUGCAAACAAUUACUAAUGAGAACCCAGCCGGGCCGAGCCUCGGCACCAUCCCCCAAGCCCGGUUCCUGCUGGUCAUGCUCAACAUGCUGACGCUGCAGCAUGGUGCCAAUACCUUGAGCCUGCUCCUAAAUUCUGGCAUGCUGGCCUUGACACAGACCACGCUGCGGCUCAUAGGCCCUAGUUCUGACAACAUUGAGGAAGACAUGAUUGCUUCUUCUCGUGGAGCUUCUGCUACAGUCUUAGAAGAGUCGAGAAAGGAAAGCACACCAGUCCAGCUCCCUGUUUCUGGACCGGAACUAGCAGCCAUGAUGAAAAUUGGUACCAGGGUGGUGAGAGGGGUAGACUGGAAAUGGGGCGAUCAGGAUGGGCCCCCACCUGGUUUGGGUCGUGUGAUUGGAGAACUGGGAGAAGAUGGCUGGAUUAGAGUGCAGUGGGACACAGGAAGUACAAACUCCUACAGAAUGGGAAAGGAAGGAAAAUACGAUCUCAAACUAGCUGAGCCACCACCUGCAACUCAGCCCACAACAGAAGAUUCAGACACUGAGGAUGAUUCUGAAGGAGAACAAGUCGAAAGGAAUCUGCACCCAACUUCCAUGAUGCUGACAAGCACUGUGAACCUGCUGCAGACGCUGUGUCUCUCUGCUGGUGUGCACGCUGAAGUCAUGCAGAGCGACGCUACCAGGACCCUGUGUGGGCUGCUCCGUAUGCUUGUGGAGAGCGGCACCAUCGAUAAAGCGGCUUCCUUACCAAAUAAAUUAGUUUAUAAAGAACAGCAUAGAAGCUGGUGCACCUUGGGAUUCAUAAGAAGUAUAGCGCUCAUGCCUCAGAUGUGCAGCACUCUUAGUACCUCUCAGUGGAUAACUCUACUAAUGAAAAUUGUUGAGGGGCAUGAAUCUUUCACUGCCGCUUCACUGCAGAGACAGAUCCUUGCUGUACAUUUAUUGAAAGCAGUACUUCCAUCCUGGGACAAAAAUGAAAGGUCAAGAGAUAUGAAAUUUCUUGUGGAAAAACUGUUUGGUUUUUUAGGCAGCCUGCUUAGUACUUGUUCUUCAGAUAUCCCACUACUCAGAGAAUCUACUCUGAGAAGGAGAAAGGCCAGGCCCCAAGCAUCUCUAACAGCAACUCACAGCAGUACUUUAGCAGAAGAGAUAGUGGCACUGCUGAGGACACUGCAUUCGCUAAGCCAGUGGAAUGGACUCAUAAACAAGUACAUCAACUCUCAGCUAACCUCCAUCACCCACAUCUUUGCAGGAAAACAGUCAGAAGGGGCUCUUUUGGAUGACUACUUCCCUGAUCCUGAGAAUCCAGAGGUGGGAGGCCUCAUGGCAGUGUUGGCAGUGAUUGGUGGCAUCGACAGUCGCUUGAGAUUGGGUGGGCAAGUAGUCCAUGAUGAAUUUGGAGAAGGCACAGUGACACGCAUCACUCCCAAAGGGAAAAUCACUGUACAGUUCUACGAAAUGCGAACGUGUAGAGUGUGUCCUCUGAAUCAGCUAAAACCACUCCCGGUUGUGGCUUUUAAUGUAAACAACUUGCCCUUCACUGAACCUAUGCUAUCUGUGUGGGCUCAACUGGUAAACAUGGCUGGAAGUAAAACAGAAAAGCAGAGAAUUAAGUCUCCUAACCAGGGUCUUUCAGGUCAAGUGGAUUUGGAUCUGCUGAGAUGCCAGCAACUAAAACUGUAUAUCCUGAAAGCAGGACGAGCCCUGCUGUCUCACCAGGAUACACUACGGCAGAUCCUGUCUCAGCCAGCUGUUCAGGAGUGUGCAUUAAAUCCUGCAGAUGAUGGAGCAGUUGCGUCUCCUGACAUAGGAGAUAUGUCUCCUGAAGGACCUCAGCCUCCCAUGAUCCUUCUGCAACAACUUUUGACAGCUGCUACCCAGCCAUCACCUGUGAAAGCAAUAUUUGACAAGCAAGAGCUUGAGGCAGCUGCUUUGGCAGUGUGCCAGUAUCUGGCUGUAGAGUCUACACAUCCUUCAACUCCAGUGUUUGAAGACUGUAGCUCUAGUGAGGCUACAACACCUGUCACAGUGCAGCAUAUUCGACCUACAAAAGUGAAGAAACGCAAGCAAUCUCCAAUUCCACCUCUUCCUAUUGUAGUUCAACUAAUGGAAAUGGGUUUUCCUAGGAAAAAUAUUGAAUUUGCACUAAAAUCAUUGUCUGGAACCUCUGGAAGUGCUUCUGGAUUACCAGGCGUGGAAACCUUGGUUGGCUGGUUGUUGGAUCAUCCUGAUGUUCAGAUUACUGAUCUUUCUGAUGCUGAAACUGUUUCUGAUGAAUAUUCAGAUGAGGAAAUAGUAGAGGAGGUAGAAGAAGCUGAAGCUGCCUGUCCUGUGUCAAGUGGUGCCGUUGUAACAGAGAGUCAAACCUAUAAGAAGCGAGCUGAUUUCUUAAGUAAUGACGAUUAUGCUGUGUAUGUAAGAGAAAAUAUUCAGGUGGGAAUGAUGGUUAGAUGCUGCAGAACCUAUGAGGAAGUUUGUGAAGGAGAUGUGGGCAAAGUAAUUAAACUGGAUCGCGAUGGAUUGCAUGACCUCAAUGUGCAGUGUGACUGGCAGCAAAAGGGCGGUACUUACUGGGUCAGAUACAUCCAUGUUGAGCUUUUAGGAUUCCCACCACAAAGUUCUGCCUCGCAUAUCAAGAUUGGUGACAAAGUGCGUGUGAAAACCUCUGUUACCACACCCAAGUACAAAUGGGGAUCAGUUACUCACCGAAGUGUUGGAGUAGUCAAAGCAUUUAGCGCCAAUGGAAAAGAUGUCAUUGUAGACUUCCCUCAGCAGUCUCACUGGACUGGCUUGUUGUCAGAGAUGGAGUUGGUCCCCAGCAUUCACCCUGGAGUCACGUGUGAUGGCUGUCAGAUGUUUCCUAUCAAUGGGCCUAGAUUCAAAUGCAGAAACUGUGAUGAUUUUGACUUCUGUGAAACAUGUUUUAAGACCAGGAAGCAUAACACCCGGCAUACUUUUGGCAGAAUAAAUGAACCAGGUCAGUCUCCAGUGUUUUGUGGACGUUCCGGAAAACAGCUGAAGAGACGGCACAGUAGCCAGCGAGGAAUGUUGCUGGAUGAUUGGUCCCGAAUAGUGAAAAACUUGAACGUCUCGUCUUCGGUGAAUCAGGCUUCUCGUCUUAUUGAUGGUAGUGAGCAGUGCUGGCAGUCUUCUGGCUCGCAAGGAAAGCACUGGAUUCGCUUGGAGAUUUUUCCAGAUGUUCUUGUUCACCGAUUAAAGAUGAUAGUGGAUCCUGCAGACAGCAGUUACAUGCCCUCUUUAGUUGUUGUUUCAGGAGGAAAUUCCUUAAAUAACCUUAUAGAGCUAAAGACAAUCAAUAUAAAUCCUACAGACACCACAGUGCCUCUUCUCAGUGAUUGUACAGAGUACCACAGAUAUAUUGAGAUUGCAAUCAAACAGUGCAGGAGCUCUGGAAUUGAUUGCAAAAUACACGGCCUCAGCAUACUGGGACGUAUACGUGCAGAGGAUGAAGAUUUGGCUGCAGUCCCUUUCCUUGCCUCUGAUAAUGAGGAAGAAGAUGAUGAUAAAGCUAACACUGGGAGUCUUGUUAGAAAGAAAGCAGCUGGGCUGGAAUCGGCAGCUACAAUAAGAACCAAAGUUUUUGUUUGGGGACUAAAUGACAAAGAUCAAUUAGGAGGAUUGAAAGGUUCCAAGAUAAAGGUUCCUUCUUUUUCGGAAACCCUUUCUGCCUUGAAUGUUGUGCAAGUAGCUGGGGGAUCCAAAAGUCUUUUUGCAGUGACUGUAGAGGGUAAAGUCUAUGCUUGUGGAGAAGCCACAAAUGGAAGGUUGGGUUUAGGAAUAUCUAGUGGAACUGUGCCUAUUCCUCGACAGAUUACAGCUCUCAGUAACUACGUUGUAAAGAAGGUGGCUGUUCACUCAGGUGGCCGGCAUGCUAUGGCAUUAACAGUUGACGGAAAAAUAUUUUCCUGGGGUGAGGGAGAUGAUGGAAAACUUGGACACUUCAGUAGAAUGAACUGUGAUAAGCCCAGAUUGAUAGAAGCAUUGAAAACCAAACGUAUCCGUGAUAUUGCUUGUGGUAGUUCCCACAGUGCUGCCAUUACCUCUAGUGGUGAACUGUACACAUGGGGUCUUGGAGAAUAUGGAAGGCUGGGACAUGGAGAUAAUACUACUCAGUUGAAGCCUAAGAUGGUAAAAUAAAUGUUUCUU